UCUCAUGCUCUCACUCUUCUCUCUCAUCCUCUCUCAUCUCUCUUUCUCUCAUUCCAUAGAGAGUUGCCCGCCACCAUCGCAAGAAAGGGAAGAUUUUGGCAGCAAAGGAAGAGGAGACAAUAGAGGCAAUGGAAUGAGAGGUCGCGGUGGCCGCGACGGCGGAGGAAGGGGCAGCAGUGGCCAAGGCGGUGGAAGAGGAGGAAUGAAUGGGGGGAAGUAAGGUCGUGGUUGAGCCGCAUAGACAUGAAGGAGUGUUCACUGCUAAGGGUAAAGAAGAUGCGCUUUGCACCAAGAAUAUGGUCCCUAGUGAAGCCGUCUACAGCGAGAAGAGGAUCUCUAUUCAGAUUGAGGAUGUUGGCAUGGAUGCAGUGAUGUUUUUGGGCCAAAUUGAUGAUGUUUGCAUGGGCGCAAUUUACAUUAUAUUUUUAUUUAUAGAAAAUAUGUACACCUGAUAUGUUUUGUUAUUAAGAUUUUUUUUUUUUAAAUUUGGAUUUUAAUUGUUGGUUUGGAUAGUAUAUGUAUUUGUUGGAUUAUACUAUAUU